AUGACACAACUUUUCCAAACAAUCACGACCCCAGUGGUCACAUACCAACAACCAACAGGCCUCUUCAUCAACAAUGAAUUUACCAAGGGCGUUGAAGGGAAAACCUUCGAAACAAUCAACCCUCAUGACGAGAAGCCCAUUGUGGCUGUGCAUGAAGGCACAGAGAAGGAUGUUGAUAUUGCUGUGAAAGCAGCUCGGAAAGCUCUACAAGGCGAAUGGAAGACAAUCACUCCUUCUGAGCGUGGCCGUCUCCUUACUCGCCUUGCAGACCUUUUAGAGCGUGACAUCGACACAGUCGCUGCCAUCGAAGCCCUCGAUAAUGGUAAGGGUCAUAUUAUGGCCAAAGGCGAUGUCAAGAGCUCUGCAGGCUGCCUGCGCUAUUAUGGUGGAUGGGCUGAUAAGAUCUAUGGUCAGACCAUCGAUACAGACCCUAACAGCUUGACCUAUACCCGCCAUGAACCUAUUGGCGUUUGCGGACAGAUUAUUCCAUGGAAUUUCCCCUUGCUUAUGUUUGCAUGGAAAAUUGGCCCUGCUCUUGCUACUGGAAAUACUAUUGUUAUGAAGACCGCAGAACAGACACCUUUGUCAGCACUUUAUGUGGCCGGCCUCAUCAAAGAAGCUGGAUUCCCUCCUGGAGUCGUGAAUGUGAUUUCAGGAUUUGGAAGAACUGCAGGAGCAGCGGUCUCCAGUCAUAUGGAUAUCGAUAAAGUGGCUUUCACUGGCUCGACUUUGGUUGGCCGCCAAAUUCUCAAGGCGGCUGCGAAUAGCAACUUGAAGAAAGUCACUCUUGAACUAGGUGGAAAAUCACCGAACAUCGUUCUUCCCGAUGCAAAUCUUGAAGAGGCAGUUCGAUGGGUGAAUUUUGGAAUAUUUUUCAAUCAUGGACAAUGCUGCUCCGCCGGCUCCAGAAUUCUUGUUCACGAGGACAUUUAUGAUCAGUUCCUUGAGCUUUUCAAGAAGAGGGCCGAAGAGAAUAAAGUCGGUGAUCCAUUUCAUCCUGAUACAUUCCAGGGCCCCCAGGUGUCCCAGUUACAGUACGACAGGAUCAUGGGCUAUAUCGCCGAUGGUAAAAGCGCCGGUGCGAAGGUCGUCACUGGUGGCGAUCGUCAUGGAGCUGAAGGCUACUAUAUCAAGCCAACUAUCUUUGCUGAUGUCCAUGAGAAUAUGUCUAUCGUGAAAGAGGAGAUUUUCGGACCUGUUUGCACUGUGCAAAAGGUUAGCAGUGAAGAGGAAGCCAUUCAAAUGGCCAAUGAUACAAACUAUGGUCUAGCUGCGGCCGUUCACACUACCAAUAUCAACACUGCCAUCAGAGUCUCAAAUGCAAUCAAGGCAGGCACUGUUUGGAUCAACAACUACAACACUCUUCACUAUCAGAUGCCGUUCGGUGGUUUUAAGGAAUCAGGCAUUGGUCGCGAGCUAGGUUCAUAUGCUCUUGAGAAUUACACAGAGGUGAAGACUGUCCGCGUGCAUCUUUUCUGA